GGUAUGUAUGAGGAAUCAAUACCGUACUAUGUACGAGCACUCACAAUGAAUCCCAAGGCAGAUAAUGCCUGGCAGUAUCUGAGAAUUUCAUUAAGCUGUGCAUCAAGGAAUGACAUGAUGGAAGCUUGUGAUGCCAGGAAUCUCGACCUCCUUAACAAGGAGUUUCCACUAUAACUAGAUCUCAAGCCAUGCUUCCCCUACUCCGCAAGGAGUUUCAGCUGUACUUAGAUUUCAGGCCGCGCUACUUGCAGUUCUUCUAUAUAUAUAUUUUAAAAAUUUACUAAUUAUAAAUUUUUAUAAUAAUA